AACCGGCUUAAGAAGGUGCUGGCUGGAAUAGUUGGUGAAUAGAAAAUGGCAUUUGUAAGCAAUCGACAAUUAAUGGAUGGGGUUGUAAUAGCAAAUGAGGUCAGUGAUGAAGGAAAAAAGAAGAAGAAGGAAGCGUUUUUGUUUAAGAUUGACUUUGAGAAAGCUUACGACAAGGUUAGUUGGAGAUUUCUUGAUUUUAUGUUGCAAAAGACGAGUUUUUCAAAUAUUUGGAGAAAAUGGAUUAUGGAGUGCCUAAGUUCAAGUAUGGUGUCGGUUUUGGUCAAUGGUAGCCCUACCAGACAAUUCUCUAUGUCCAGAGGUCUUCAGCAAGGGGACCCGCUAUCCUCAUUCUUAUUUUUGAUUAUUGUAGAAGGGAUUAAUGGGCUGGUUUUGAAUGCAGUGGAGAAAGGUUUACUUGAAGGUGUAGAAGUGGGAGAUAAAGGCUUCAAGGUCACACAUCUCCAAUGCACAGAUGACACAUUGCUGUUUGGCACAGCUACUGAUGAAAAUGUAUGGGCUAUGAAGAGCAUCUUGAGGACAUUCGAGUUGGUAUCGGGGUUAAAGAUAAAUUUCAACAAAAGUCAGCUCAUUGGCAUCGGAGUAAAGGAAGAGUGGAUAAAAAAAAUGGCAUGGGUAUUGUGUUGCAAAAAAGGGUACUUGCCUUUUAAGUAUUUGGGGAUUCCCAUUGGGGGGAGGUGUGGGAAGCUUUCAUUCUGGAAACCAGUGUUGGAGGGCGUGACCAAAAAACUAUCCACAUGGAAAUGGAGAUACUUAUCUCUAGGAGGAAGGAUCACUCUCAUUAACUCAGUGCCGUCUAGUCUACCCGUGUUUUGGAUGUCCGUGUACAUGAUCCCGAAAGGUACGAUUCUAUUUCUUGAUAAAAUCUGUAGGAGAUUUUUAUGGGGAGGAGUUAAGGGAGGAAAGAAAAUAAAUUGGGUUAGAUGGGUCAAGGUUUGUAGGGACAAAGAGCAAGGGGGAUUAGGUGUGAAGGAUUUAAGGAAGUUUAAUCUAGCUUUGCUAGGGAAGUUGUGGGGGAGAUUGGUUAACGAGGAGGAUGGACUAUGGAAGAAAGUUAUAUUGCAGAAAUAUGGCAGGGACGGGGAACCAAGAUAUAAUUGGUUGAGGGAGGGUAAUGGUUUUGGGUCAAGAUGGUGGAGGGAUAUCUGUAGGUUGAAUGUCAUAGAUCAGGAGAAUGAGGGUUGGUUAGCAAAGGGGCUGAAUAUUAAAAUAGGAGAAGGGGAUAGUGUAAAAUUCUGGUGGGACGAUUGGUGUGGGAGAGGAAUAUUGGCUAACAAAUACCCAAGACUUUACUUAAUAUCUGCAAGUAAAGACAAUAUAGUUUCACAAAUGGGAUGGUGGCUCAAUGGCAGCUGGAUAUGGAAACUGCAGUGGAGGAGAAGAUCUGCUUACAAGGCACUCACAAUGGAGCUCGAGCGGGAACAACUAGGAGUGACCCUUCAGAAAGUAUGGAAUGUAGUGGUGUCAAGUAAGGUUUCAGCAUUUUCAUGGCAACUUCUUCAGGAUAAAAUCCCUACAAAGGCAAAUCUUUUCAAAAAAGGUAUAAUUCAAAACAUGGAGGAUUGCAAAUGUGAAUUUUGCGGGCACCAAAUGGAGGAAACCAGCCAUAUAUUCACGCACUGCAAAGUGGCAUAUGAUCUGUGGAAUGCUUGCUUCAGGUGGUGGGGAAUUAGAACAACACUGGACAGAGAAAGGUGUAAGGUAUUCCAACAGCAUCCUUCGGCUCUCAAAGUGGCAGGAAUAAACGAGGGCUGGAGGUGCAUAUGGUUAGUAGUUGUGUGGACAGUGUGGUUGGCAAGGAACGACAGCAUAUUUAAAGGAAAAGAAGCUGGCAAAUGCAACCUGCUUGAUUUGGUUCAACUAAGGUCCUUUAGCUGGAUGAAAUGCAGAAAGAAAAGCUAUCUUUUUUCAUUGUCUGACUGGAUCCAGGACCCAGUAUCUUGCUUAAGAGGCGUUGCAGCAAAAAAAGGCAAAACAGGGUGACAAUACCAGGAUGUGAUCUCCCUGCUUUAUGAAUCGAUUGAAGUUUGGUAUAUAUAUACUCUGAUUGUUCUGUUUGUGGAGGUCUACCAAAGUUAGGUUCAUGGAGUUGGGGUUUCACAUAUAUUGUUUUUCUAUUGAGUGUUGUGUUAUAGUAUAUUUGGCCCAUUACCGGAAUUGGUCAACCACUUCAUAUUAUAAUUAUUAUUUUGAUUUAGUCAGUGAGGGUUAAAAAUGUGUAUUGAAUAAAGCAAUAUUAAUUAA